AUGCAAAUCCCUCGUCUGUCAUCAUCACCUACACUUGAAUCUUCUCUUUCUCUCUCUAUAGAUUUAUAUUUCUCUCUCUACAAUUGGAUCCUCAAAUCUUUUCAAGUUAAUCCCAUUUCAUCUGAGUCUAGGACUCUUGAACCUAUCCCCGUUAGUCGUCCAAUUCCGGAGGUUGAUAUCGACCAUGUAGAGAAUUAUGAUAAAUCUGAGAGUAGAGAUUUGGUUGUAGCUCAACUGAAAACACCCAAACCAGAGCCUGUAAUUGAACCAAAAACUGAUGAUCUUGAUAAGCCAGAAGUUUUUCAUUCCGUUACACCUCAGCCUAAAAUCCCCCAACCAGACCCUGUAAUUGAACAGAAAAACGAUGAUCUUAAUAAGCCGAAAGUUUUCCCUUUUGUGAAGGCAUUGAAAACCACGGAAAACAAAAGUGAUCCAUGUGGUGGGAGAUAUGUAUAUGUUCAUGAUCUUCCUCCAAGAUUCAAUGAGGAUAUGCUUAAGCAGUGUAGGAGUCUUAGCAAAUGGACUAACAUGUGUAAGUUCACCACGAAUGCUGGACUUGGACCUCCAUUGGAGAACACUGAAGGGGUGUUUUCAGAUAACGGAUGGUAUGCCACAAAUCAGUUUGCAGUGGAUGUUAUUUUCAGUAACAGGAUGAAACAGUACGAGUGCUUGACUAAAGAUUCAUCCCUUGCUGCUGCCAUCUUUGUGCCUUUCUAUGCAGGUUUUGAUAUUGCAAGAUAUCUUUGGGGAUACAAUAUAUCAACCAGAGAUGCUGCUUCUCUUGAUCUUGUUGAUUGGUUACAGAAGAGACCUGAAUGGAGCAUAAUGGGUGGAAAAGAUCAUUUUCUUGUUGCGGGUAGGAUCACAUGGGAUUUCAGGAGAUUAAGUGAAGAGGAAACCGAUUGGGGGAAUAAGCUUUUGUUUUUACCAGCUGCUAAAAACAUGUCAAUGCUUGUGGUAGAAUCAAGUCCAUGGAAUGCGAAUGAUUUUGCAAUUCCUUAUCCCACCUACUUUCAUCCAUCAAAGGAUUCUGAAGUGUUUGCAUGGCAGGAUCGGAUGAUGAAUCUAGAUAGGAAAUGGCUCUUCUGUUUUGCUGGUGCACCACGCCCUGAUAAUCCUAAAUCCAUUAGAGGUCAGAUUAUCGAUCAAUGCAAGAAUUCAGAUGUUGGGAAGCUUUUAGAAUGUGAUCUUGGAGAGAGCAAAUGCCAUUCCCCUAGUAGUAUAAUGCAGAUGUUUCAAAGCUCGGUUUUUUGUCUACAACCUCAAGGUGAUUCUUACACAAGAAGAUCAGCUUUUGAUUCGAUGUUGGCUGGUUGUAUUCCGGUUUUCUUUCAUCCUGGUUCUGCAUACACACAGUACACUUGGCAUCUUCCCAAAAAUUACACAAAGUAUUCGGUUUUCAUCCCAGAGGAUGAUCUUCGUAAGAAGAAUAUCAGUUUAGAGGAACGACUGGGUCAAAUCCCCGUUGACCAGGUCAAGAUGUUGAGAGAAGAGGUCAUAAAUUUGAUCCCGAGGCUAAUAUACGCAGACCCACGUUCAAAGCUAGAGUCUCAUAAAGAUGCUUUUGAUGUAUCUGUUCAAGCGAUUAUCAACAAGGUGACAAGAUUGAGGAAAGAUAUGAUUGAUGGGCGCACUGAUGAUGAUUUCAUUGAAGAACUUAGUUGGAAGUAUGCAUUGCUAGAUGAAGGUGAGUAUGUGGGUGUUCAUGAAUGGGAUCCCUUUUUCUCUAAACCAAAACCGAAUGAUGGAAACACCGAUUCAGAUGGGUCUUCGGCUGAAGUAGCAAAGAAUUCUUGGAAAAACGAGCAAAGAGAUCACUCAUGA